AUGAAUAUUUUCUUAAAUCUUCUUUAUUUCUUCUAUAGUGUUGAAUGUAUCAUAAAUCUAACAGAUAUUGGUUAUCGAGGAAUUUCGAUAACAUGGCGUCGUUUGAAAUCCAACGAUUUCAAUCAAAUUUCGAUGGAGUUAUUAGUGACAUUGGCGUUAUCAGAUAAAUCUUCUGAUUUAUGUGAUUAUUAUCAUUCAAAAUCGAUUCCAAUUGAAUCUUACCUUGGACUUCAAUGUUUAAACUCUUCUGAUCAAUGUCAAUCAUGGUCAUUUCAACUUUCAAAUAUGGAAUGUUAUUCGAAAUUACAUGAAUAUCCACGAAGUCUUCUUUUCUAUACAGUUGACCUUGUCACUUCGUCUUCGAACGACCUUUCCUAUGAAUUUCGAUUUCCUUUUGCGAAUUCUUCCUGUUGUUGGAAUAAUUUUGAUGUUACUAAAACACCAGUUGAAUUAAUUUCCUUUAUGAAUAUUUCCGAAGUGAAUUCUCCUCCAAUGACUCGUUUUCCCAAACACAUUUCCAUCAACAUCUACGAGACGUUCCUCUACUCUCUUCAAGUAUUUGAUCCCGAUGGAGAUUUCUUCCAAUGUACUUCAUCCUUAUCAACAGUUUCAAUUGUUGAUCCAUGUUCGUUAACAAUCCCAGCAAAUACUUUCAACGUGAAUCAUCAAGACGACGAAAUUCUCAUCAAAAUCGAAAUUAUCGAAUACACAAAUUCUGCAAAAGAUCAAAUUCGUUCUCGUUUACCCUAUCAGAUCAUUGGAUAUCUCAACGACGAAGAUAAAACCGGUCAAUGUCUGAAAACUCCCUCAAUCGCUCUGUUGAAUAUUGAAAAUGAUCUAAUUUAUACUUUUUUCAACGAAUCCAUUCAUAUCGACUUGAUUUCUCGAAGUCAAUGCGAUAUCGAAAUGAAUGAAUGUUCAAUGAUCAGUGCGUUUCAGUGGAAAGUGAAAUCAAUUGUUGAAACAACGAUCGAAGAUCAAAUUCAAAUACAAUUCGAAUGGACACCACGAAUCGUUGAACAAUGUGGAUUUCACACUCAUUGUAUUCGUUGUUUUGAUCAAUUGGACAAUUUCAAUGAGAAAUGUCUUCAAAUCUUUAUUAACGGAUUCGAUUGUCGUAAGUUCUCCGAAUUCACAAAAAAGUAUCUUUCGAUGAACAAAAACUUAGAAAAUCGAACGAAUUCAAAUCAAAGUUGUUCGUGGUCUCCAUUCACCAUUUGGAACCGAAUCAAUGAAACAAUUUACAGAAGAAAUCGGACUUGUCGAGAAACGUUUCAUUCGGAGAAAACUUGUUCGUUCUGUUUCGGUUCGAGUGUUCAAUAUCAAUCAAGUUUAACUUUUCUCAAAGAUUUUGAUUUAUUUGAACAAAGUUUAUUGACUCCAACACGAGCACAAUCAACAAGAAAAAUUCUUUUCAUUGCCACGAUCUUUUGGAUCAUUGCAUUUCUUAUUGCCUCUGCUUUUUCAAUCUUCUAUGCCAUUCGAAACAAGACGAAAACUUUGAGAUGA